AAUAGGAAGCGGAAGUGUUUGUUGUUUUUUUUUUACCUAAAAAGACGGAAAGAAAACUUGGGACUUCUGGAAUAUGAGUCGAAUAUAUCACAACACUUGUUUGCAAAACAAAGAAGUCCACAAUGAGACAUUUGACAGAGCCUGGUCAACCUGCUCGUAUGAAAGUGGCCAAGGAGUCCUUGUUGAAGGAACACUUGUGGAUCUUUCCAGACAUGUACUGACUGAUGUCAACAACAAGAAGGUUCGUUACUAUGUGCUGUACAUCAAACCGAAACGCAUCCAUCAGAGGAAAUUUGAUGCCAGUGGGAAGGAGAUUGCGCCCAACUUCAGUGACAGCAAAAAGGUCAACACAGGCUUCCUGUUGUCUUCUUACAAGGUGGAAGCUAAGGGGGAGUCCGACGUUCUGUCUGAGCAGCAGCUGUCAGCAAUCAUACGAAAGGACGAGCUGGUUAAGAUAACGGACAAGCACAGACCAGGUGGGACGUGGGCCUUUUGGUACCCAGAGUCUGACAUGGACAACACAGAGCUGGAGAUGGAAACUGAUAUCCGACUGAAGACCAGCGGAAACAGUCCAUUCAUAUUCUCUUUAGCAACAGUGGACAGCGGCACUGUGACCAAGUGCAACUUCGCUGGAAGUGCAAAGGUUGGGGCGUCGUGGACGGACAAGAUCAUGGCCAAUAAAGCUGGAACAGUCAGCACCCAGAACCCUAAAGGAGAAGGAGAAGGAGCCCAGGAGGAUGAAUGGGAUGACUGAAGAAAAUGCCUUUUCCCCAUCUUCAGAAUCUCCACGUGCAUAUACUUUUGGGUCUUGGGUCUUCUCCAUUGCUUAAAGAUGUAAGUGUCCUGGCAGUAAAGCUGGCGUAGUUUUGUACUCA